AUGACUCUAGAUGCUUUUGAUAACUUUGCCCAUGAGCUUGGCAUGUUACAGGAACAUUCAAACAUGCAUAAUGAUAUGGAUAAAGGCAAAAAAAAGGCAGAAUGGAAAGCAAUUAAUGGAGAAAAUUAUGAGUUGAAUGGUAUGGAAAGGAAAGAUAUAAAUGGCAUUGCAAAAUCUGCUGAUUUUUCUCUGAGACCACUCUUUGGUAAAACAAUGACUGAUAAGGAACCUCAAAAGCAGGUGUCAAAAGUUGAGAAAACCAGAGUAGAUGAUUUACCUUUUAAUUUAAAGAGUAGAUCUGUGGUCUUUAGCAUGAAGGCGUUGAUUGAAAAAGGUAGAACAAAGUACCUUGAAGAAAAGAAAAUAGAGCAGACACCAACUCGGACACGUGAAGAAAGUAAACAACAGAAAGAAAAAUAUCUUUUGAAUGUCCUGAAACUGUACCCUGCUAAAGAAAUUGCAAAAACAGUAUCAGACUGCCAAGUGACAUCAGAUUCUUACAAGGGGCAAGACACAGCAAAUUUAUCAACUAGUGCAGCUAAUCCUAAUAUCAUAACUAAUUCAAGUAAAGAGACGAAGAGUCAUAGGUACAGUAUCCUAAAACGACUAAGGACAAGUAAACCAUAUGAGAAGGGUAGAAUGAGCACAUCAGAAUCAAUGCUGUUGCAUCAUAAGGAAACAUACUCUCCAUUCAUCAAAUACAAACUCGUCUCAAGUAAAAAAUGUGACCAAGAAGAAUUUAGAGAGAUACAGCAGUGCCUUCAGCCCGCAGCAGGAAGAGCACAAGCAGAUAGAGAAUCACAGCAUUUGAGAAAGUUCAAUUCUCAAGGUUCCUCAAUGCAGAGAUAUCUAAAGCUGAGCUAUGACCAACAAAGGUUACUGACAGAGAAGUACAGUCCUGGCUUCAUUGACACUCAUUGCCAUCUUGACUUCCUCUUUAGCAAAUGCAAUCACAUUGGAACUUAUGCAAAAUAUCAGUCAACUCGUGAGGGUCAAGAUGUAUUUCCUGUCUCCUAUGAAGGAUGCAUAGCCAACUUUUGUCAGCCUUGGACUUUCAAAAGGAUAAGUUGGUGGGAGAAUUUUCUGGCUGAGUCUAAUGUGUGGGCUGCAUUUGGCUGUCAUCCUCAUUAUUCAAGUAGUUUUGGAGUUGAAGAGGAAGGUUACUUAAGGCAUGCACUGCAGCAUAAAAAGACAGUGGCUUUGGGGGAAAUUGGUCUGGAUUAUUCUUGCAAGAAUAACCACAGCCGAGAACUGCAGCAGAUAGUGUUUCGACGCCAGCUGAAAAUCGCUUUAGAGUUCAACAAACCUCUUGUGAUACACUGUCGAGAUGCAGAUGAGGAUUGCAUAAAUAUUCUGAAGGAGGCAAGGUUUUUAUAACUUUAUUUUUAUGUA